AUGAACUCAUAUGUGAAUACAUGUUCUGGUUUGGAACUUACAGCAGACCAAUGCCAACGGUUGCUUCAGUUGUCUAGGGUAGAUAGUUCGGUCUAUCACUCUAGUUUCCAAAAGAUUCUGCACUGGUUCUACCAUGUGCAGCCGGAUUCUUCUCAAAGUGAAACGUUAGCCAUUAUUGUGGCUAAUAUUUUGCUACAUUCGUGUUCUAUACGAACUGAUGCAAAUCUUAACGCAACUCUUAUAAAAUGUGUCGAGACCAGCCUCUUUGAAAAUCCUUUCGAUUUACCCAGAUGGAGAAUAAUGUUCUUAUUGGCACAUUGUAAACCAACUUUGGCUCAUGAUGGCCAGGGUUCAGAUCUAGAUGACUCGGACCAGAAACAUCAUCAAAUUUUUAACAGAAUGUUGGCUCCACAGAGUUUCCAAACGAUGGUCACUUCCUUGACUAUGGAUCCAAAACGCAUUUCAAUUCUUACAGAAUUGGGUAAAUACUGGUACGCUUUGUGUUUCAACUACGGGUAUCUCUCUGCCAAUUCUCGAGUAUAUUGGUCUCUCUUCACCGAACUUAGUGGAAAACCAUACAACUCCGUGGCUGGAUUUCAAGAUUGUUUGAUCCAAUUUGGAUCCCUUUACCUAUUGCUACAUACUCAUAACCUGUCCGUCGAAAGAACCACUGUCAAUAGAUUCUUAUGCAUUUUCGAGGACAAGUUCAACGACUGGUUGCUACAAGCUUCAGAGGAAUUGUAUUGCCCCCUACAAGAACAUAGAUUACCUCAGAUCCUCAACAUCUUGGAGCUUUUGAUAGGGUACUCUUCUCCUCAACUAAGGCAAGAUAUCAGAACCUGUUUUGUCUCGCCACAUAACUCAUUCCAUUGCCCCUUCGUCAACUCCUCUUUCAUUAAGUUGAUCGAAUCACCAAUCAAUAAUAUCUCGAACACUACUACUUCGAUAUUAAAUCUUUUACAUCUUAGACACAACAGGGAAACUCACAGAUUGGAGCCUUUGCCUCCAGUUUCUCGUGAAUCUUCAGUGUGUUCUUCCAUAUCGCAUGAUUACAUCACCUACUCCGGACUACCCACGCCAUCGGCAAACACCACCACUGCAGCAUCAACUGUUAAUUCCAACUCUUCAAUGACUUCUAUCGCUGAGCAGGAUUCCGAGGCUGAUAAUUGGCCCGAGGAAGAACAACUCUUGGAAGCAGAGAAGAUCGGGGCCGCUAUCCAAAGGCUUAACGAGCUGGGCUUUGUUAAGAUGUCUACUGAAUGA